GGAGGCUGGGGCGGGGGAGGGGCGGCUCCCGAAGGAAAUGGCGCCCAAGGGCCCGGCCUCCCACCGCGGCCCGUGCUUCCUCCGCAGUCUCGGCAGGGCUACCUGGGCCGGCCGGCCUGCCCGAGGCUUGUGACGCAGAUGGCCGAGCUGAGAGAGGCUGGAGCCGGGAGGGGGCCGGGAGGCCAAUGGCGACGAAGGCGCUCGACCCCCAAAUCCAGGACAAAGGCGGCUCCUUUGUCAUCCCGCCGCCCGGUGGCGACGGUGUCUGAGCCCCGGCGGACUGGGGGCCCGGGCGGGGGCAGGGGCGCGCUCUCCCGAGCUCUCUGGUCUCUUAGGGCAGCUAGAUAAACGAACCAGUCUCCGGGGGAGGAAUAAAGGACGCUUAGCCAGCCGGCCCUUAUAGUCCAGAUUUGGAACUUCGAAAAAGACAUUUAAAUCAAACGUAUUGAGAUGGAUUGGGUUAUGAAACAUAAUGGUCCAAAUGACGCUAGUGAUGGGACAGUACGACUUCGCGGACUACCAUUUGGUUGCAGCAAAGAGGAAAUAGUUCAGUUCUUUCAAGGUAUAUUGAGAUCUUCAGAAGUAGCAGGAGUGAAAUCAAGGGAUUUUAUGAUCCACCAAGAAGAUUGCUGGGACAGCGACCAGGACCAUAUGAUAGACCAAUAGGAGGAAGAGGGGGUUAUUAUGGAGCUGGGCGUGGAAGUAUGUAUGACAGAAUGCGACGAGGAGGUGAUGGAUAUGAUGGUGGCUAUGGAGGUUUUGAUGACUAUGGUGGCUAUAAUAAUUAUGGCUAUGGAAAUGAUGGCUUUGAUGACAGAAUGAGAGAUGGACGAGGUAUGGGAGGACAUGGCUAUGGUGGAGCUGGUGAUGCAAGCUCAGGUUUUCAUGGUGGUCAUUUUGUACAUAUGAGAGGAUUGCCUUUCCGUGCAACUGAAAAUGACAUUGCUAAUUUCUUUUCACCACUAAAUCCAAUAAGAGUUCAUAUUGAUAUCGGAGCUGAUGGCAGAGCAACAGGAGAAGCAGAUGUGGAGUUUGUGACCCAUGAAGAUGCAGUAGCUGCCAUGUCUAAAGAUAAGAAUAAUAUGCAGCAUCGAUACAUUGAACUCUUCUUGAAUUCCACUCCUGGAGGCGGCUCUGGCAUGGGAGGUUCUGGCAUGGGAGGCUACGGCAGAGAUGGAAUGGAUAAUCAGGGAGGAUACGGAUCUGUUGGAAGAAUGGGAAUGGGGAACAAUUACAGUGGAGGCUAUGGUACUCCUGAUGGCUUAGGAGGUUAUGGCCGUGGUGGUGGAGGCAGUGGCGGCUACUAUGGGCAAGGUGGCAUGAGCGGAGGUGGAUGGCGUGGGAUGUACUGAAAAUAUCACCAACAUACACAAGGAAAAAUCCUAACAACAGCAUCUGGUCUACUAGACUUUCUUACAAAUUUCUUUUGUAUUUUAAGAACUUUAUAAUGACUGAAGGAAUGUGUUUUCAAAAUAUUAUUUGGUAAAGCAACAGAUUGUGAUGGGAAAAUCUGUUUUCUGUAGGUUUUAUUUGUUGCAUACUUUGACUUAAGAAAUAAAUUUUUAUAUUCAAACCACUGAUGUUGAUACUUUUUAUAUACUAGUUACUCCUAAGGAUGUGCUGCCUUCAUAAGAUUUGGGUUGAUGUAUUUUACUAUUAGCUAUACAAGUAGUAAGUAGUAUUAGUGUAAUACUAAAGGAUCAUGGCUCACCCCUGCAUAAACUGCAAGUCUUAAUAAGCAGACAUCUGGAAUAGAGCUUAAAGAAUAAUUAGUGUAACUUUAAUUUCUCCUGGACAACACUGUAUAUAUAAAGCCUAAAGAGGAAUUUAAGUGGCAUCAAAAGUAUAAAAUCAGCUAAAUUCUAUAUUCUUUUUCUCAAAUGUCAUUUAUCAAACAUAGCUCUGAAAUGUUGAUGGUCCCUUAGAGGUACCUGGGUUUCUGAACACUCAAAAUUGUGUUACCUGAGGAUGGGAAGAUUGGAAGUUAGAUACUAGCCCUACCUGUUGAGAUAAAAAUCCCCUCAGCACUUGACUGAAUUACAAGAAAUGCUUCUAAAACCUGAUGAUUGUUAAUUCAAGUUGUUUUAGAAAGCUAAGAUUGUUGAAUUCCACAGAAUUGUCAGAUGUAUUUUCAGUCUGCUGCCCAAAUCUUUAAAUAAUUGUAUAAAUGACUACGUUAAGCAAAUGUAAGGGAAGUCCAUGUCAUAAGUAAAAGAACCUUGCGGUUGGCUUUGCAUCUGAUACCUGCCCGUCUUAGUUUAUUAUGUAGCAAGGAAAAGGUGCUUUUUAAUUUUAAUCUCCUUGGUCAAUAUACCUUUUUUUCCCAAAUUGGCUAAUGGAUCAAAAUGAAAUUGUCAAUGUGAAUAUUCAGUUAUUGAACUUGUUACUUGUUUUUGCUAGAAAUGUUAAUGUAAUAAAUGUCAAUGUGGGAGAUAA